AUGGAAUUAUUAAUGAUCACAAUGAAUUUAUUCUUGCUUAAUGAGACUAAUACUACAAUCGAACAGAAACAUAUUAAUAUCAGAAAUGGCAUAAUAAAUAAUUUAUUAGAAAUUCACGAUAAGGAACGCGUACCCAUCAUCCCAGCUAACAUAAUAACAGAAUUAGACAAAUGCAUAAAAAUUACAUCGGAUCAAUCAUCGUCAAAAGUUACUGGUAGUGGUAGAGACAAAAGUCUUGGAAAAGGAGGUGCUAAACGUCAUCGUAAGAUCAUUCGAGAUAAUGUUCAAGGAAUAACUAAACCGGCGAUUAGAAGACUUGCUCGUCGAGGAGGCGUGAAACGUAUUUCUGGUCUCGUUUAUGAGGAAACUCGUGGUGUAUUAAAAGUGUUUCUUGAAAAUGAUGUGGUAACUUACACGGAAAAUGCAAAUCGUAAAACAGUCAUGUCUUUGGAUGUCGUCUAUGCGCUUAAACGUCAAGGACACACUCUUUAUGGUUUCGGUGCUAACUUCAGAAAUUACUCAAGAUUCUUGCUUAAUGAGACUAAUACUACAAUCGAACAGAAACAUAUUAAUAUCAGAAAUGGCAUAAUAAAUAAUUUAUUAGAAAUUCACGAUAAGGAACGCGUACCCAUCAUCCCAGCUAACAUAAUAACAGAAUUAGACAAAUGCAUAAAAAUUACAUCGGAUCAAUCAUCGUCAAAAGUUACUGGUAGUGGUAGAGACAAAAGUCUUGGAAAAGGAGGUGCUAAACGUCAUCGUAAGAUCAUUCGAGAUAAUGUUCAAGGAAUAACUAAACCGGCGAUUAGAAGACUUGCUCGUCGAGGAGGCGUGAAACGUAUUUCUGGUCUCGUUUAUGAGGAAACUCGUGGUGUAUUAAAAGUGUUUCUUGAAAAUGAUGUGGUAACUUACACGGAAAAUGCAAAUCGUAAAACAGUCAUGUCUUUGGAUGUCGUCUAUGCGCUUAAACGUCAAGGACACACUCUUUAUGGUUUCGGUGGUUAA